AUGAUCGCCGCCGCAAAUUCUGUCCUACCCACAAAUUCGUUCACCAGACCUCUUUCAUUACACCAAUUACCCAACAGAGUGGUGUGCUUUAAUUUAGGGUUUGGAUUGAAACCAGACACCAGGAGUUAUAGCCUUUUAUUGGGUCGAGGAGAUAAAAUGGAAUUGUUCAGGAAAUUGAGUAGAGGGUGCUUUAAGUUUAAGCAGCGGCCAAAGAAGGAUCGCGAGGUGGAGGUGGAGUCGGUUAGUGGUGGCGAAGACAUUUUCAACGCGGCAUCGGCUGAGGCAAAGGUGCAGCCUGAGCACCUUGUGAUCAUGGUUAAUGGUAUCAUUGGCAGUGAUUUAGUUAGAAUUGGAAUUUUUGGGUCAGUGAUGAUAAUGCAGCUUACUGCUUACUAA